CACAUAUUUAUAACAUCACUUUUUUAUUUACAUUUAUAGCUUUUUGGAAAGUUCGAAUUCUUUUUAUGCAGAUAUAUUUAGAAAAACAAAUAUUUAGUGUAUUUUAAAGUGGUUUUGUGAAGUCAGCAAUGAUAUUUCAAGAAUCCUAUACAUCUUUCGUAUAAUAUAUCAUCGUUUCAGUAUUUUUCUCUUCAUAAAUUGGAAUGGCAGCAAAUAAAGAAGUAAGGACUCCAAAAAAACCCCAAGCAGAAACCAUAACGCCCCACAAGCUCUCUGUGACAAUUUUGAUCCGUAAUUACUGCAUGUAUCGUGAGUCUGAUGAAUAUAAAAAUAUAGAAGAUAAAGCAUUAUGUUGCAAGCAUAGACGAGACAUGUGUGUAUUAAUAUUGCGCUUGCUGCAGAGUCCCGAUCUGUCUUUGAGUAAGUUGCAAGAUCUGCUCACUAGUAGCAAAUAUGUCAUACCAAGUGAAGUUGUGGAAUCAUUAGAUAAAGAUCUACAUGAUCUGUACAGUGGAGGUAUAGGGUUUUUGUUAGAUAUUGUGGAAAGCUUGGAGAAAAUUAUGGCCGUACCAGACAGUAGCCUGAAUGAAAGCAAAUCUCUUAUGAUAGGGAGUGUUUUUGCAAAAACAAGCAUUGUGGGGCACUAUAUCAGGAGAUUUGCUGUCUAUUUUGACAAACUUACUUUCUCAGAAAUGACUGCUGUUUAUGAAAAUUUCCAAAAAUAUUAUGAACAGUGGCAGAAAAAUUUCAUAAAACAUGGUAAAACUCAAGAAAAGGAUAUGGAUGUUUGGGCAGAUAAUAAAGAAACAUGGUCUAGAAGGCAGGCAGAGUUGUUCAUAGCAACUCAGGCUGCCCUAUUAUCAAACAAUGAAGGCAAGGCGCUGCCUCCUGAUGAGUUGCAUAAACGCAUUAUGAACAUUCUAGAGUCAAACCCUGACCUGGUUGGUGCCCAUUUUCUCUCCUACCUCAACUACCUACGUGUCGAUGAGUUUUGUGGGGCCAUGAGAAGCCUAUUCAACUGCUUUGAUGCCGGUCUUGACCCCAAUGUCAAGUACUUUGGUGAUGGAAAGAGUAAGCGACACAGAUUUGCCGCCUUGAACUUAGCAAUCCUUCACUACCAUUUUGGACAUGUUGAGGAGGCCUUAGCUGCGCUAAAGGAGUCUAUAAAAAUUUCUCAAGAAGCCAAUGAUAAUGUCUGUCUCCAACAUGCUCUUUCUUGGUUAUAUAGACUCACCACAGUCAAUGAAGACAAGCUCAUUGUGCAGUGCAUACUGAAGAGUACAGAGUUGAGUUUAAGCUAUACAGCUUCUUUAGGAUUACAAACAUUUGGUCAAUAUGGCUGCCUAAGGACGGGUAAAUCGUACGCAAUUUUCGAAACGCUGGCCAAGAGUGACAUGAUCAACUGUCAGCACAACUACAAAGACCUGAUUUCAAACAAUUAUGCCAUGAAAGCAGCUCUGUGGCAAGUUUAUGGGAAAACAGAAAUGUCUUCAUUGUGGAGUCAGUUAUUACUUUAUCAGUUAAAAUGUGGAACAGUUUAAAUAAUGAUGUAAAGAACAUGGACUGCGUGUUCCCAUCCAAAUCCUACCACGGAGACGGCUUCUGUCUAGCAGUUUGCAACGUAGGCAACUGCUUGCUUCUCGAAGGCGACUACCACCUCACCAACUGCAUCCUGGGCUACGCGAAGCGAAGGUUCCCCAACGAACCUAACAGCCACAUUUGGAUGCUGUGUGAAAACUAUUUCGUCUUCACGCGCUCCAUGAUGCGCGAGCAAUGGCUCGAAGCCGAAAGUGCUGCGCAGAAGAUCGCUGUGCAUGAUAAGUGGGAGGGUCUUCUUAGGUUGGCAGAGGUGUCCUAUCAAAGGCAGGAUUAUGCCGAGGCGCAGAAGUUGAUUGAAAUCUUGCUGCAUCAGUACGAGAAUGACAGUUCGUAUAGAUUCAACGACAGAUACUACUACAUCCAAGCGAAAAUCCUAGAAGCAGAAAUCCAGUUUUCAUCCAGCUACCCGAACAUCUCCCAAGGCGUCCUAUCUACGCUCUACGCCACACUAACCGAAGCCAGAUCUUCAUCCCUCGAUUACCAAACAAAUUUGAUCUAUUUGCACAUCGCAAAGUGCUUUUUGACGCUUGGCUUGACUAGUCAAGCAUUGGUGGUGCUUGACAAGUGCAUGAUUCAAGUACUGGCACAUGGAGGUCGGUAUGAUAGGGCUAGGGCUGUGUUGUUGUUUGCAAAGUGUCUUAUCAGCGAAUCUCAUAAGGACGAAGAGAAAGAUGAGAGAAAAAAGGUAUUAGCCCAAUGUGCAGAGAUGCUGAAAAAAGUCAAAGAAGAUUUCGAAAAAGUAGAAGCAUUUUCCAGGGCUAAAGAUGUGCUGUAUUUGCAAGCACAUUUGUAUAAUUUGCUUAACCAAAAAGCUGCAAGGAACAAGUGUGCGUUACAGUACAGACUUUUAGAUGAAGAAUAUAAAACUGAAAAUUUUCAAAGGCUGAUUAAGUAUUUGUAAUUUAUUGUAGGCUGAUAUGUAUAUAAAUAAAUCUUUUCGAGGCA